UGAUAUUUGAAGAGAAAACCUAGGUUUUCUUCUGGCUUAUUAUAUAUAGCCGAUUCGCCAUUUUAUCAAAUCUCUACUUUGGAGGCGGCAGAUUGGUGGUUUUUUCAGCCGCAACAAUGGUUUUUAUCAAGGCACAAAAAAGUAGGGCUUAUUUCAAGAGGUUCCAGGUCAAGUUUAAGAGAAGAAGACAGGGAAAGACCGACUAUAGGGCAAGAGUUCGUCUUAUUAACCAAGAUAAGAACAAGUACAACACUCCCAAAUAUCGUUUUGUGGUGAGGUUUACAAACAAGGACAUUGUAGCACAAAUCACCUCUGCAAGUAUUGUGGGUGAUCAUGUUCUUGCAGCAGCUUAUUCACAUGAGCUACCUCGAUAUGGUCUUGAUGUGGGUCUUUCAAACUAUUCAGCAGCUUACUGCACUGGACUUCUCUUGGCUCGUCGUGUGCUGAAAAAGCUCGAGAUGGACGAUGAGUAUGUUGGAAAUGUUGAGGCAUCUGGUGAGGAUUUCUCAGUUGAGCCAGCAGACAGCAGGAGACCUUUCAGGGCUCUCCUUGAUGUUGGUCUCAUCAGAACUACUACAGGAAACCGUGUCUUUGCUGCCUUGAAGGGUGCUCUAGAUGGUGGUUUGGAUAUUCCUCACAGUGAUAAGAGGUUUGCUGGAUUCUCAAAGGAGUCUAAGCAGCUUGAUGCUGAUGUUCAUCGCAAAUAUAUCUAUGGUGGGCAUGUUGCUGCAUACAUGAAAUCAUUGAUUGAAGAUGAACCAGAAAAGUAUCAGACUCAUUUCAGUGAGUACAUCAAGAAAGGUAUUGAAGCUGAUGGAAUUGAGGAGAUUUACAAGAAGGUUCAUGCUGCCAUUAGAGCUGACCCAACUCAGAAGAAGUCUGGCAAAGCUCCCCCCAAGGAACACAAGAGGUUUAAUUUGAAGAAGCUGACCUACGAAGAGAGGAAGGCUAAGUUGAUUACUCGUCUUAAUGCCCUUAAUGACGCUGUUAAUGCUGACUCUGAUGACGAGUGAAUCCUUCAUUAGGUUGUGGUUAUAUACCUUAAUCCCUCCUAUUUUAUUAUGAGCACCUUUUUUAUUUAUAAUUUUGCAAUAUGACCAAAUUAAUCAUUUUUGUACUUUUGGGAUGUUUUAUGAAUUCAAGAUUCAAUGUUGUGUUCGGAUUAAAGCAAUUUUUAGCAUAUUUUUUUAUCCCAUUUGAA